GCGUCAACAGGUAAACAAAAACAAAUGAGGAGAAGACAGCGUAGCCUCGACCAAAAUUAUGGUAGAACAACUGUCCGGAGUCACUGUCGUCAUAUUUAUAGCAUGUGGGGUACUAACGGUGAUCCUCCUCUUCAUAUUCGCCAAGAGGCAAAUCAUGAGAUUUGCCCUGCGGUCCCGAAGAGGUCCGCACGUAGCAGUAGGGCACGAUGCAGAUAAGGGUUUACGAAUGGAAAUGGAAAGACGACUAGAUGUGAUUCCUCGUAUUGUUCAUGAACCAAAACUAAUUAACGAAGAUGAUACUAGGUACAUUCUUCCUCCAGGUUCAUUGUUUCCACCCUUUUAUUAUCGUCUCAAGGCAGUUGACGAUGUAAAAACUCUUGAAGCAGAGAUCUUAAAGCAAGAUAGUUCAAUGCACCGUCACCCCACUGAGAACUUACGAGCGUUCUUGCUGUCGUCUUUGGCUGCUCCACUUGAUGGCUCUGGCCAGAAAAUGGUUCAUCAAUUCUGUGAUAUGUACGAACAUGCAAGGCAUGACCCAGCUGAUUUUGGAGAUGAAGAAUAUCAAGCUUUUUCAUGUCUUCUUGUGAAACUAAUGGAAGCGGCAAAGCUACUUAAAUCAUUUCCAAACAGCAGGAAGACUAGUCCAAACCGAACACCUGUCCGCAGGGUGCCAGAUCCUUCUAAGCCUCGAACUAAUACUGUGGAUGUGAAGUUACAGUUACGGGAUGAAAAUUUAUCAAGACCAAGUACACUGACUGUUCCUGCAGGAGAAGGUGAUAGCAGUGAGACUCCUGUAUGACUCAUUCUUCUUUAUUGUUGGUGUUCAUUCAAUUAUGUUUUAAAUUUAAAAAAUCGAGCUUGUUUUUGUGAAGAUACUUUUAUUGCAUUUGCUUUUGUUCAGAAAUUGUGCAAAGUUCUUUUUAUUAAUAUUGUAUUUAUUCAUAAACCUGUGAUAAUAUGUUUAAGAUUUACCUAUGCACAGGAGUUAAUGGUGAUAAGUUUCUCAUUACAUAGAAUUAUGUCACAUAGUUUGGCAUCUUCAGUUCAAAUCCAGUCAUACAUAGCAAUUGCCACAGUUCAUUGUAUGAAUUGGGGAUGUAUUUAAUCAAAGUUCUUAGUAAAGAUAUUUUUUAUUCCUGCUGGCCCUUUCCUUCUUACUGUGUGUAAAUGCAGCUACUUUUUUAAGCAGUUUAUAAAAGGAUGCAAGCUAGAUAAAAUGUUAUUUUACAAUUGGGACUGUAUAACGUAAUGGUUGUUAUUUUAUUUUUGUCAAAAUGGGUUCGUAAUUUGGCAGACUUGUCAAAAGGAAGGCUUUACUCAACAUUCAUGCAUCUGUGUACUUGCAGUGUGUUUUCACUUCAAAUCCAUUUUUUUAAUACUGUGUCAAGUAGAAUAUCAUCCUUAAUGAAGCAUUAAUCAACCAAUAAUUGUGUUCAAUUCACCUGACUGAUGUGUGACCUUUCUCAUGCAUAUUUGUUGUCCAUUGUCAAGAUCAAAGUGUGAGGAUGACAAAAAAAAAAAUAUAUAAAGCAUGCAUACUGAA